AUGGUAGCAGACAUACCCUCCGACGCUAGUUCCGCCGGCUCAGUUCUCAUCAAGACUCCUCCUCACAUACAUAUCAGCGUCGCUGAGGAUCCGGAGAAGGCUAGCCACCACAAUGGCCCCAUAUCUAGAGAGGGCCGGAAGCAUUCCAGGGUCGAGUGGGAAGAAGACGACGACGACGACGACGACGACGACGACUUGGACGCUCUUAUUGAAGAGCUCGAGUCAAACGAUCCAGAUGCUGAGCUUCAAGAAGAGAUCGAGGUAGUGGGCGGCGUACGAUGUGUCCCUGAAGAAAUGCUUCAAACAGACACCAGGGUUGGCCUUAUUGAACCCGAGGUUGUUGCCCGCCGCAAAAAGUAUGGUCUCAACCAGAUGAAAGAAGAGAAGGAAAACCUGUUGCUGAAAUUCUUGGGUUAUUUCGUCGGUCCCAUCCAAUUUGUCAUGGAGGCUGCCGCCAUCCUCGCCGCUGGUUUAGAAGACUGGGUCGACUUUGGCGUCAUUUGUGCCCUUCUCCUUCUCAACGCAACGGUCGGCUUCGUUCAAGAGUUCCAGGCCGGUUCGAUAGUGGAAGAAUUAAAAAAGACCCUAGCUCUCAAGGCCGUGGUGCUGAGAGAGGGUCGCCUGGUUGAGAUUGAAGCUCCAAUGGUUGUUCCUGGUGAUAUCCUGCAACUCGAUGAAGGCACGAUCAUCCCUGCGGAUGGUCGUAUCGUGACCGAAGAUGCUUAUAUACAAGUCGAUCAGUCAUCAAUCACUGGGGAGUCUCUUGCUAUGGACAGGACUCUCGGAGAUACAUGUUACGCUUCGUCGGCAGUCAAGCGAGGGACAUGUUUCAUGAUAGUCACGGCCAUCGGAGAUCAAUCUUUUGUUGGGCGAGCUGCUGCUUUGGUCAAUGCUGCCUCAGGUGGUAAAGGCCAUUUCACGGAAGUCCUCAAUGGGAUUGGAACCGUCCUCCUUGCUCUCGUCGUUUUCACCCUUCUGGUGGUCUGGAUAUCGUCUUUCUACCGCUCAAAUGAUAUAGUUACUAUCCUUCGCUUUACUUUGGCCAUCACCAUUAUCGGAGUUCCUGUCGGCUUGCCUGCUGUCGUCACCACCACUAUGGCUGUUGGUGCUGCUUACCUGGCGAAGAAGAGAGCUAUCGUACAGAAGUUGUCUGCAAUCGAGUCACUGGCCGGUGUUCAGAUUCUCUGCUCCGACAAGACCGGAACCUUGACCAAAAACAAACUGUCUCUUCACGAGCCGUAUACCGUUCAAGGUGUCGAGCAGGAUGAUCUCAUGCUCACCGCUUGUCUCGCUGCCUCCAGAAAAAGAAAAGGCAUGGAUGCUAUCGACAAAGCCUUCCUGAAAGCUCUUCGAUAUUAUCCCCGCGCGAAACAAGCUCUUUCCAAAUACAAAGUUGUGCAAUUUUUCCCUUUCGACCCGGUCUCCAAGAAGAUCAGUGCAGUCGUGGAAUCACCCCACGGAGAGCGAAUCAUAUGUGUGAAGGGCUCUCCACUUGUAGUCCUCCGAACAGUAGAGGAAGAUCAUCCAAUCCCAGAGGAAAUCGACAUAGACUACAAGAACAAAGUGGCAGAGUUUGCAACUAGAGGUUUCAGAUCUCUGGGUGUUGCUCGAAAGAGAGGCGAGGGGUCAUGGGAAAUUCUUGGGAUCAUGCCUUGUGCAGACCCGCCACGACACGACACUGCUAAAACUAUCAAUGAAGCCAAAUCCCUUGGACUUUCAAUUAAAAUGCUAACCGGCGAUGCUGUGGGAAUUGCUAGAGAAAUGUCAAGACAACUUGGUUUGGGAACAAAUGUUUUCAAUGCCGAGAGACUUGGGCUCGCGGGUGGCGGCACGAUGCCUGGGUCUGAGGUUUACGAUUUUGUUGAAGCUGCUGAUGGAUUUGCUGAGGUUUUCCCACAGCACAAAUAUAAUGUGGUCGAGAUUCUUCAACAACGUGGCUACCUUGUUGCCAUGACCGGAGACGGUGUCAAUGAUGCUCCUUCGUUGAAAAAGGCGAACACAGGCAUUGCAGUCGAAGGGGCCUCCGACGCAGCAAGAUCAGCAGCUGAUAUUGUGUUUUUGGCUCCCGGCCUCUCGGCAAUCAUCGACGCUCUGAAGACAUCGCGACAAAUCUUCCAUCGCAUGUACGCGUACGUGGUAUAUCGCAUCGCUCUGUCACUCCAUCUCGAGAUUUUCCUUGGCCUUUGGAUUGCUAUCCUCAACCGAUCACUCAAUCUGAAAUUGGUCGUCUUCAUCGCCAUUUUCGCAGAUAUUGCAACACUGGCAAUUGCUUAUGACAAUGCUCCUUACUCAAAGACACCGGUUAAGUGGAAUCUACCAAAGCUUUGGGGAAUGUCCAUUUUACUUGGGAUCGUCCUUGCUGCUGGGACCUGGAUUGCACUGACCACGAUGAUUGUUCAAGGUGAGAACGGUGGAAUUGUCCAGAACUUUGGCCAUACCGAUGCUGUACUCUUUCUACAAAUUUCGCUGUCAGAGAAUUGGCUGAUCUUCAUCACACGUGCUAACGGCCCAUUCUGGUCGAGCAUCCCAUCAUGGCAACUCACCGGUGCCAUUCUACUUGUUGAUAUUUUCGCCACCUUCUUCUGCCUCUUUGGGUGGUUUGUUGGAGGACAGCAGACUAGUAUCGUUGCCGUGGUCCGAAUCUGGCUCUUCUCGUUCGGUGUCUUCUGUGUAAUGGCCGGUGUAUAUUACCUCCUUCAAGACAGCGUCACCUUCGACGAUAUUGUGCACGGACGGAAGACGAGAAACAACAAGGUGCUCAAAAAGAGAGACAUGGAGGAUUUUCGUAAGCACUCUUGCGUCUGUCGUGCUUAUGCAUAA